CAAUCAAAUUGCUUCAAAUGGGUCCCAACAUCUCAACCAAAACCAACACAUUCAUAUUAAUCUCUCUUUCCUUUUCUUCAAAUAACACCUCAUCUCAACAACUCCACAAUUUUUCACAUUCUUCAAUCAUUUUAAUUACUUAUUCAACAAACUAGAAGGGUUGGUUUUUGUGAUCCCCAGAACUUGAUGAUGGAGUCAGAGUAUGAAGGAGGAUCAGCAUGUUGCUUUUGCUUCUCUUCCACCAAGAAGAGUGUUGUUGGUGGGAAUGGCAGAAACAAACAAGUGUUGAGUUCAGAAGACGUUCAUUGGGGAAAGAACGAUGAGAUGCUAUCUGACAGAAGCACGUUUUCUGUGAAAGAACAAGAAAAGAGGUUCAAGAAAGCUCUGGAAGAGGAAGAAAAGGUUAACAGAGAAGCAGAGAGGGUUGUCCAAUGGGUGAAGCAGGAAUCAGCAAAAAUUGAUCUUUCUGCAUUCAAACCAGUUCUUAAUGAACCCCAAAAAGAAUCAAAUACUUGUGAUUUUGUUUCUUGAUUGGUUUUGGGUGGAUUCAUUUUGAGAGAUUAUUGUAUAUAUGUUUCAUAGUAUUGGGUGGUCCUUUUAGUCAAUGUAUUUUUUUUUCUAAUUGAAAUUGUAUCAUUUAAUAAUUUCUGAUUUCUUUAGCUUGAAGUUAUGGAUCAGAUUGGUAUUGUAAAGGAACUAUUCAAGAAGAUAUGGCUGUUGACCUUGUCCACCAAAGACUUGUAUUUGACUUUUUCAAGAGAAGUGUCUAUAUGCAUGAAGAAUUGAAAUUAGACUUUUAUAAAUA